AUGACCUCUGGGCGACCCCAGGGGAGUUUACUCAACCCAUUCCCUAGUCUCCUGCAAUGCUCAAGUAAGUGUGGUGGCGGUUUUACAGCUCUAGUGAUGGCUCAUAAACUCGCUCCUCUCCUAAUCCUAAAGCUAUCGCUAUUAAACUUGGUCAACGGGACCAAGCAUGUUGCCGCUAGAAGCAGAGAACGCUUUCAGCCUUCAGGUUCAGGCCGUUCGUUCACUUACCUCCAGUUGAGAGACGAGUCCAGAGUCCAGUCUCCAGACGGAAGAAACGGCAGUGGAAACUGGUGUCUAUCAGUUUUCAAAUUGGACGAACUUGGUUUAGAGAUAUUGAGGAUUACUCUGCCUGUUUCUCUGGCUUUGACAGCUGAUAGUGUGUUUCUAGAUCGUAUUUUUACUCUAUCUACCAGAACACAGGUCCGGCCCUGUCUACCAGGCCAAGCUCAAACUUUCAAGCAUGGUCAAGAGAAGCAAAAAGAGCAAGAGCAAGAGGGUGCCAUUGAAGAAGAAGUACAAGAUAAUACGGAAGAGAAGGACCCCGGAAUCCCCAAUGAUUGGCCCUUUAAGGAACAGGAACUCAAAGCCCUCGAGGCUCGCCGCCAACGUGCCAUCCAGGAACAGGAGGAGAAGAAAGCCGCUCGAAAAGAGAGGCGGCUGUAUAACCGUGUCAGUCGAAGAUUAGGUUCAGUUCUUCUGGUGCAGCAACAAAGUGGCGAGGAGAUGCCUUUUUUUGGUGCCGGCGUCGGAAAACCUUUAAGAUUUGGUGCGGCGCUGGAGGGUUCGCGAGAUUUGGGGGAAAACAAAUGGAUUUUGGAUUGUGCAGGUUGGGACGAUGUAUCAAUACCAGAUUUGAAUCAAAGCAAAGAUUCUGGAGAUCAAGUCGGCAAUGGUGAAGACCAGUCUACGGAAUCUGGAGACGAGGAUGGAGGGUAG